GCUGCGCGCCGAGACCGGCCUGGGCGGCGGCGGGGCCGGGGUCGCGGUUACCUCGCGCGGCGUCCGCGGGCUCCGGGGCGGGGGCGGCGGCGGCGGAGCCCCCUCCCCGGGCGGCGGCCGGGACGAUGCAGCAGAAGCUGCUCAAGAGCGCGCACUACAUCGAGCUGGGCGGCUUCCAGUCGUGGCCGGUGCUCGUGCCCCGCGGCAUCCGCCUCUACACCUACGAGCAGGUCCCGGGCUCGCUGCGGGACAACCCGUACAUCACGGACGGCUACCGGGCCUACCUGCCGUCCCGCCUCUGCCUCAAGAGCUUGUUUAUUUUGUCUAACGAGACGGUGAACAUUUGGAGUCACUUGCUGGGCUUCCUCCUCUUCUUCACCCUGGGAAUAUACGACAUGACGUCAGUGUUACCUUCCGCAAGUGCAUCCAGGGAAGAUUUUGUGAUUUGCUCCAUCUGCCUUUUCUGCUUCCAGGUCUGCAUGCUUUGCUCUGUGGGCUAUCACCUCUUUUCCUGCCAUCGGUCAGAAAAAACCUGCCGCAGGUGGAUGGCGUUAGACUACGCAGGAAUUUCUAUCGGAAUACUGGGCUGCUAUGUCUCCGGAGUAUUUUAUGCAUUUUAUUGUAAUAACGACAGCUCAACUACCUCGGGUCCAGCCACCAGAUCUGGCACGUCCUGGCCGUGGUCAUGCUGUACUGGUGGCACCAGUCCACGGUGUACGUCAUGCGGUACCGGCACAGCACGCCCUGCCCCGACUCCGCCUCCCACCUGUGACCGCAGGUAUGGCCGGAGCGUCCGGUUGCUAAGCAAUACUCGAUGGGGACAUGUGCACCCCGCCAAGUCUGAGGUUCCCACCAGUUUUUGGGUAAUACUUUAUAAAAAAUGGAAGAAUUGUAUUUGGGGAUCUAGACUAUUAACUGCUCUACAGACCCUUAAAACUACUAAUUUGCUGCUUGUACAGACAGAAUUAGUUGGUGACCAGGAAACAUCUGAACAGCAGUGACAGGGAACGUAGUGUAGAAACGUCACACCAGCGUGAUUUCCUUAGGAAGGAAGGGCUCGGCUCCACCGGCCCGUGGAGUCAUCUGUGUGUGAUUAAUGGGAGAUGUUUUCAGUGAAUUAUCGAGUUUAAGUGCCUAAUCCAGGCAGUUGUUGUUGCAGCCUAUGCUUAAUACAAGCUAGGAUGGUGAUUUUGAAUAAUCACUGGCCUUUAAAUACAUGGUUUGUAAGAAACUGGCACUUGAGAUAUUUUCUUUAGCUGUAGGUUCUCUUUUCCCUAGGCACAUGGGAUAUUUUAGUUUGCCAGAACAAAAACUUUCAACUUCUUUAAGUUGAGAGAGGUGCCGACAAGAGGAAGAGCACUUGCAUCGCCAUUUCUAUCAGAUAAGAGUCACUUUAGAGACUACACGGAUAGUCGACAGAUGCUGUGGUCUAAUAACCAAGAGCCACCUAAACAUGCUAACUUCAGAUACUAUUUCCUUCCAUGUAAUCACUGAGUCUUGCGCAUGGACUGCAGAACGUUUUUGAUCCCAAAAUUGCAGCAGAGCUUUUGCCUCUCGGAUUUGCAGUCCUGAGUCUCCCCAGGACGGGGGCUCCCAGCUCUGGGGGUGCUACUGUGAAGGCCGCGGUGGACCCCAAAAAGAGCCUUAAGCCUUAGAACAAAGUCCCGCAGAUGCCCAGUGUGGUGACGUGGUUGCUCACCUGUGCGUGUGUCAGCAUCGCAUCUAGACACACUCGCCUGGUGUCGGGACCGCAGCCUGAGGCCUGCUCUUCACAGACACAGGCACAGGAUGGAGCUCGCCGCCGACGUGCAGCGUGGCUCUCCUCCUCUGUGGGCUUUUCACACACACAUCCCUGAAGGCAGACAGUUAUACAAACUUACAUUGUUUAAUGGAAUGUAAAAUAUUACCCAAAUUUCUUAAAGAGUUGACAUGAGCUGUUUUAAAUACUGGUGUAUUUUCAGAACAGAAUUACUGAGUAUCAGAAAAAUGUUGACUGAAGAUGAAGCUUAUUCCCAGAAUGCCUUUUGUACAUAUAUUAGGAAAGUUAAAUGUGCCUCAGUUUAUACAACUGUCAGAUGUUGUUUUUCUUUCCAGUGUAGUGUUUUGGGAACAUACAUUCCCCAUGCUAGUGUGCGUGGAGAAUUUCCCCCUGUAAGCAUGGUGAGGGCCCACUGUGUCCCGCCCCGUGACGGUGGAAUGCCACUUUCAGAUGGCUACAGUUGAUCCAUAUGCUAAGGGACAAAAGACUGGGGAAAGAAUAGGAUAUAUUUCUCCUGAAACAUCACUUAUUGGCUUACAUGAUAUUAUAGCUUUUAAAUAGAUAAUUUGUCAUUUUGGCCAAACAGAAUAACACUGAGUAGUUGUACUUAAGUUUUGUAACCGUUUCUUUGAAUUUAAAAGACAUUCAGAUCUCACUAUAGGGAGAACUGUUCCAUGUAACAUUUCAACUGUUUUUGAAAAUGUUAAAUAUGAGAAAGCUUCUCUCUUUUCUUUACUAUGAUGCAUUUGCUAUAAAGUAGGGAAUGAACCAAUGUGGACUGCUGUCAACUAUAAACACUUCUGUAUGUCAGCAUUUAAUGACCACCUACUGUGUGCACAACACUACUGGUAAAAUUUUUAAGACGUUAACAUUAAAACAUACUUUAAAAUUGCCUAUAAAUCUGAGCCUUGUAUAUUUAAGUUAUUUUUGUUUUUAUAGAUUAAAAUGAAAGUGUACUCUCCAGUUACAGUACUGAAAAAAACUGGUUUUAAUUUUACCAAUGUGUAAACUAUAAAAGCUCUUUAUGGCUGUUUUAAAUUGUCUAGUGAUUUAUAGGGCUGUAGUUAACUCAUCUAUAUAAAGCCAUUUUCAAAUAGCAAGACAGUGCUUGUCUUUUUUUGUUACGCUGAGUGCAAUCAGUACGCUGCAUGGCGGAACAUGUAUUACGUAAAUAAACUGGGUUUACUAAGUA